AUGCCAGCGCGUACUUUGAGGACCCGGCCCAGAAUUGUACCCAAGGGCCCGUGGACCAUGUCCUUGAAUUGGGACCUAUGCGCGACAUCUUGCGGCGAGAUACGUGUGCCUUUUCGACACCAUGUUCGCCCGGGAGAAGAAACGACACAUUCCCCACUCAAAACUUUCAAACACUUUCCGCGCCUGCCGUUGGAGCUCCAGCACCACAUACUAUCGUUUUGCGAUAACGCAACGCUAUUUCAGCUCAUGCAUACGUCGCCUGUAACGCGGAAAGAAGCAACAAAGCUUUUCUGGUCUGACCCCACAGUGAAAUAUCGCGUACAGGGCUCUUGGUUACUUUCCGGCGGAUAUACGGCCUCCACACAUGCCGCUCUCGAGGCUCACAAGUAUAUGCAGUAUAUCCUAGUCGAGCUGUGGGAUUCGGAAACGAUCCUUCAUGAUGACUGGGUGGAUCUCAGACCGCAUCAAAUCAAGUUCCCAGAUGAGGAACAAGCGAGGAUCUAUGCGGAACACCAGAUAGCUGCGUUCUGGAGGACACUGCGCGCAUGGUUUCCCUGUGUCGUAAACGUCGUGCUCAGUACAAGACAUGUUCUCAAAUCUGGAACAGGGCUUCCAGAACCGCUGACUCGGCUCGCAGAAGGAUGCCCGGGUGGGAUUCAUGUGCGUGCGUCAGUUUUCCAUUCUGACCUUACGUAUUACAAACGUCUCAGAUCGAGAAAGCUUUGGCAGGCAAUCAAGUCUACUGAUGGACCGGUAGCUUGGGAAAUAAUCGAGCCUCUGGACACAUCACAAGUCGUAUAUCCACCGAUUCAGAAACGUUCUGGACCCGUGGGUAAAUGGUAUCGCUGGCUUCACGACGAGGUUGAGCCGUACGAAGACAUGAUCGAAGCCCGCAAGCUUCUCAUCAUCCAGGCUACGGAAGCAUAUUAUCUGCACACUCUCAAAGCACCAUGUAUAUGUCCAGUGGAUGGAUGUGGUCUCCAAUUCGAGAAACCAGGCCACUGGACUUUGCAUUACAUAUCAAGCGGCGGACACCGACAUCGUAGCGGUGUGUUGCCUCCACCCCCAUGCGAGACGCUUCAGAAAGUGUUUGCAGAGCAUGAUGCGCGUUUGGAACGCAUACGAGAGACAAACAAAGAGAUGCUGGCCGAGAUGCGCGCCGAGUGGGGUGAAGAUGGAAGUGAACAGCGCACACACAUCACCCAGCAAUUCCUACAGCAGUUACGCAAUGAUCCGUUGUGCGCGAUUAGAGAGGAUCCAGAGAAGAGUCAUUUUUGGCGUCGGUAUCAGCAUAUAAUGAACGCGAAAGACGUUUGGCAUAUGAGUCGACGAUGA